CCUCCCUACUUUUCUCACUCCCAAUUCUCUUUUCCUUUCUUUUAUCUUCAAAAACUCUGCAUUUCUUUUCAUCUCAUCUCCUUGAGAAAAGAAAAACAGGGCCAUGGCAGAUGUACUCCUCUCCUCUCUCUUACAGACAAUCUUCACGACCUUGACCUCCUCAGCCCUACAGGAGUUCGGAAUCGCCUGGGGUCUCGAAACUGAGCUGAAAAAUCUGGAGAGCACUUUGAGUACAAUCCAGGCAGUGCUUGCUGAUGCAGAGGCCAAGCAAUGGACGAGCGAGCCCAUCAGGAAUUGGCUCCGAAAGCUCAAGGAUUCAGCUUACGAUGCCGACAACGUGUUGGACGAAUUCGCCACCGAAGCCCUCAAACGAAAACUGGAUUCUCAAAUACACCGAGUAAGUGCCUUUUUCUCUCUUCCAAAUAGGCUUAUAUUUCGUUUGAAGAUGGGGAAUAAGAUUCAGGGUGUUAAGGAGAGAUUGGAUAGAAUUGCAGGAGAGAGAAGUUUUCACCUGACGGAGGGCUUGAUGGUGCCCGAAUCUCGUGGGGUGGAGGGAAGACAGACUAGUUCCUUCGUGAAUGAAUCCGAAAUUCUUGGAAGGAAUGACGAGAAAGAAAGGAUAAUUAACAUGUUGCUCGAUGAUUUGAGCGACCGUGAUGGUGUUUCGGUGUGUGCUGUAUGCGGCAUGGGGGGCCUCGGCAAGACUACACUCGCUAAAUUGGUGUACAAUGAUAAGAGAGUGGAGGGGCACUUCGAUUUAAGACUUUGGGUUUGCGUGUCCGAUGAUUUCGACAUAAAGAGAUUAACGGGAGCGAUUGUAGAGUCCAUAGAAGGAGGUGCAUGCAAUAUCACGAACUUGGAUCCACUCCAGCGCCGCCUCCAAGAAAAAUUGAGUGGCAGGAGAUAUUUGCUUGUCUUGGACGACGUGUGGAAUGAGUACCAUGAGAAGUGGGAUACACUAAAAGAUGUACUUAGGUGUGGAGCUAAAGGCAGUAAGGUUGUUGUGACAACAAGGAGUCAGAAAGUCGCUCAUAUUAUGGCUACACUUCCUGUGCACUGUAUGUUUGGUCUAUCGGAGGAUGAUUCUUGGUCCUUGUUUGAGCAACGAGCUUUUGACAAUCGAAGGAUGGAGGAAAACCAUGAGCUGUUUGAGAUUGGGAAGGCGAUAGUGAAAAAAUGCGGAGGGUUGCCCUUAGCGAUAAAAGCUCUAGGAAGCCUCAUGCAGUUUAAAAGCAGUGAAAGUGAGUGGUUAUCUGUGAGGGACAGUAAGAUUUGGGAUCUACCAGAUGAUGGAAGUACUAUCUUGCCUGCCUUACGGUUGAGCUAUGACAAUUUGCCUCCACACUUGAGGCAAUGUUUUGCUUAUUGUUGUAUAUUCGUUAAAGACAGUGAGAUGGAGAAAGACAUGCUGAUUGAGUUGUGGAUGGCGAAUGGUUUUAUUCCCUCUUUAGGGAAAACAACUUUACAUGACAUGGGCCAUCAGAUAUUCAAUGACUUAGUUUGGAGAUCCUUCUUACAAGAUGUGGAGGAGAAUUUCGAUUGCAAAACAGUAUGUAGAAUGCACGAUCUUAUGCACGAUCUGGCGCUAUCUAUUAUGCAAUAUGAUUUAUAUGUUAUGGACCUGCAUAAGGAUCUGAAAGUUCCAGGAAAGGUUCGUCACUUGCUUCUUAACAUUCACUCAGCAGGGGGAGUAACUUGGAAUGAGGCAAUGCUUGAAGUUCCAUCUCUUCGGUCGUUUGUUUUACAUCCAGACACUCGUAUUUCUUGGGAAAAAGUUUCUCCUUGGGUAUCGAAACAGAAGUAUCUCAGGGUGUUGGAGUUGAAUUCUUGGAUUUUAUCUGGGAACGUACCAAAAUCAAUUUCCAACUCAAACCAUCUUAGAUACCUCAACAUGUCGUUCUCUAAUAUAGUAUAUGUUCCAGAAUCAAUAUGUGAUCUCCAAAACCUAGAGACUUUGAAACUUAAACAUUGUUAUGAGCUUUGGAAGUUGCCCAAACGCAUGAAACAUAUGAGAAAUCUCAUAUACCUGGACAUUAAAGGGUGUCAUUCUCUUGUUUCUAUGCCCCCUAAAUUGGGACAACUGACUUCCCUACGAAGACUAAGCAUCUUCAUUGUUGGCCAGGGUGAGGGUUAUCGUAUUGGCGAGCUGAAAGAUUCUAAUCUUGGGGGGGAGCUGAGCAUAAAGAGACUUGAUAAUGUAAGAAGUCCAGUGGACGCUGAGAGUGCCAAUUUGAAGAGGAAACAUGAUCUUGUUUCUUUGUAUUUACAUUGGAGUGAUCACAAAUAUGAAAACUUACCCAAUGAUGUUGAAGGGGUGCUUGAGAGUCUCCAACCUCACUCAAAUCUGAAGAAGCUGAGUAUAAAUUAUUACCGAGGUUCAAAGUUUCCAAAUUGGAUGAUGGGCUUGGUUCUUAAAAAUCUGGUUGAUAUCUCCCUAAAAUUCUGUACAAGAUGUGAACAGCUUCCGCCUCUUGGGAAACUACUCUCCCUUAAAAAACUCAAUAUCCAUAGAAUGGAUUCUCUGAAGUGCUUCGACCCAGAGUAUUAUGGAGAUGGGGAAAUUUCAUUCCAGGCGCUGGAGACACUCAGUCUUCAAGAAAUGCCGAGUUUGGAGGAAUGGUCGACAAUGGAAAGACAAUAUAUUUUUCCUUGCCUACGAGAGUUAAAUAUAAUAAGCUGCCCCAAGCUAACUAAUUUGCCUGCCCUUACAACACUUAAGAGAUUGUGGAUUGGUGACAAUGAAAUGUUACUCAAGUCAGUGAAUAAUCUGACUUCGCUUUCCUCUCUUUUGAUAUCUAACCUCCAGUUGGAGAUUCUACCGGAUGGAUUGUUUCAAAAUCACGAGGCCUUGGAGUCCCUACAGCUAACGUGUAUGCCCAAUAUCGAGACUCUGCAAAAUCAGAUGUCUGGUUUGUCUUCUCUGAAGCGAUUGAUACUUAAUUACUGCCCUAAACUAGGAAAUUUGUCAGGACUCGAAAUCCUAAACUCUCUGGACUCACUUGAUAUAAGUGAAUGUGCCAGUCUUAUGGACCUUAAGGGCUUGGAAGGCUUAACUUCUCUCAGAUCCUUAUGUUUUCAACGCUGUCGCAAACUAAGGUCGUUACCGGAGGGAAUGCAACAUCUGACAGUACUCCAACACUUGCUUAUCAAUGGAUGUCCUAAGAUACAAUCUUUUCCAGAGGGCAUGCAACAUUUGAAUUCUCUCCAGCGUCUGGAGAUGUGGCUUUGUGAAGGAUUAUUUUCUCUACCAAACUGGCUCGGAAGCCUCCAGUCGCUAUCAUACUUUGAGAUUUUGGGUUGUAGUAAUCUGAGGUCUAUGCCGGAUGGGCUAGGUGGUCAAAAGAAUCUGAGAGAGCUGCGAAUUGAGGGAUGUCCAAAUUUGGAGAGCCGGUGCAAGAAAGAGAGUGGUGAGGAUUGGCUGAAGAUUGCUCAUAUACCCAUUAUUUGGAUCAACAAGGAACAAGUACAGUCCUUGGACGAUUAAUGUACAUCUUGAAAUUGAGAUUCAUGUCCAGCCACAUAUUUUUAAUCCUGAUUUGAUUGAAUGCUUAAUCAUGAGAAAUCAUCGAAGUUAGUUCCGGAAUGAAAAGCUGGGGUUUUAGAUGCAGCAUGCUUUCCAUUUUGAAGGGUUCUUGCCUUGACUGUGUUGAAUAUCAGAAGG